AUGGCAUUCGGCGCCCCCUCCCACCGUAUCGAGUCCCAGCUCGCAGCCACUGCCCUCAUCCUCUCUAUCGACGCGCAAUUCAUUCACCUCCCCUCCCUCGUCAUCGCCUCUUUCGGCGACCCCGACACCCGAACGUCCGAAACCCACUUUAUCAAGUCCGGCGCCAACCUCGACCUUGGAAAGCUGCACCAGGUACAUCGCAUCUAUCGCGCGGUGGUACAUGACGAGAUGGGGCCAGAGGAGGGGACGCGGGAGUUGCACGAGAUACUGCAUAGUCCCAGAGUAUGGAAGAGGUGGGAGAGGAUGAUAUUGGCUUUUCUGAGCUGUGGGUUGAUUGCGCCCAUGUUCUUCGGUGGGAGCGUGUUGGAUGCGAUAGCGUCAGGGGCGUUGGGGAUGAUCAUGGAUGUGCUGUCGGGAGUAGCGGGCGGGGCAGACAUGUAUUCAAACGUUUUUGAGAUUACCACAGCGACGGUCAUUUCAUUCGUCGCCCGCGGGCUGAGCGUGACCGGUAUCUUCUGCUAUGGAGCCACGGCGUCUGCUGGGGUCUGCCUGAUCCUACCGGGAUAUGCCAUUCUAUGUGGCUCCCUCGAAUUAGCGAGCAAGAAUCUCGUCUCGGGGAGUGUUCGGAUGGUCUACGCCAUCAUCUACUCGUUAUUCCUCGGCUUCGGCAUUACCAUCGGUUCCGACCUCUUCUACAUUGUCGAUCCCCCAGCCCGACGCGCUGCCGAAGCCAUUCUGACCUUUGGCGCCGAAACCAUCUCCGAGAUCUACCUCAUCGGUCUCGUCCCUCUUUAUUCCUUCCUCACUGGCUUGUGGCUGUAUCAGCCCCUCCGAAGUAAGGAGCUGCCAGUGAUGGUAUUAAUAAGCUCGGUCGGGUUUGGGGUGUGUAAUGCCGCUGGGAGGUGGAUCUUUAAUCGGGACGACGUGGUUUCGGCCUGUGGGGCUUUCGUUAUUGGAAUAAUGGGGAAUGUGUAUUCGAGGAUAUUCAAGGGCACGGCGUUCACAUCCAUGGUGCCUGGGAUUCUCUUCCUCGUUCCGUCCGGUAUAUCAGCUGCUGGCGGUCUCGCCGCCAACGCUCGAGACAGACAUCAGUCUGACGCAUUCUCAGCGGGGCUUCUGAUCGGGGCGAGAAUGAUCCAGGUGUCGAUCGGCAUCACUGUGGGGCUCUUCGCUUCGGGGAUGUUGAUCUAUUCGUUCGGACGGAAGAAGGGAGCGUUGUUUGCGUUCUAG